AUGGUCGCCUCCUCCUUCCUGUGGCGCUGCGGGAUCAUUCUGCUGGUGCUGACGUGCUGCUUCAUGCCCCUCUCCACAUCCUCCCUCAACCAGGAGGACCCCAACGUCUGCAGCCACUGGGAGAGGUAGGUCAGACACACCCACAUACAAGGACACACCUUUUCACAGGAGUGCAUUAUUAGGCGUAACACCACCACAGCCUAAGUUGGGGUCAAUUCACUCAGUUCACUCAGUUCAGGGGAUUAAUUGAAAUUCAGUUCAUGAAUCAGAAACGUACCAUUAUUCUCGCAGUGUACCUUUCCAUUCAUGAAUCGUAAUUCAAUUAACUUCCUGGAUUGAGUGAAUGGGAAUGAAGUUGGCCCAAACCCAGAUUUAAGUACUUAACAAGACUCCUUCACAACUGUUUAUGCCUCAAAAGCAACGUUGUUUUAGAACAACUUGUUGGUGUUCAGUGCACAUUUCAUAACUGUUAGUUUUUCCAGAGAACUGUGGGUAAGAUGAGGUUCCAUUUGAGUGUGAACUGUGACUGAAUCUGAUAAGCCCAGUGAGAAUACAGGCAUGUAAUACAAUGUAAAAUGGUCCUCAGUGUGUGACAUGUCCUCGCUGGUCGGAGUUUAUGUGACAUACCGUAAGCACUUUCUGAAUUAGAUAAGGUGCCAACGUGAGAUUGUCUUUACACCACACCCUCUCACUACAACUUCUGCACACAGUUUUUAACCAUUAAUAACACUUUACUUGAAGCGCCUUCUUCUGAAGUGUUAUAUUGCCUAAUAAACAUUCAUAGCACAUUAUAGAUGCACUGAUAAAGCAUUAUGAAACUGUAUACUAAAGCAAUACAUCAGUAAAGUGAUACCAGUCAUAAUCAACACCUCUUUCAACAUAAAAAAAAACAAGUUUUUAACGCUUACACUCAUGGAAAUUGGCCUGUAUGGAUAUGGACAAAUUGAAAUGUUUCUAACAGAAGAACUAUAAAAAGCAUAUGCCAUGACCAUGGUAGCAAUUGAAAGAGAACAUGGGGAAUUAUCAGACUAAAGGUGAGAACACGAUCUUACAGUGUUAGGUUUUCAAAUGGCACUUCAGACAAACAGAUUGUAAUUUUGGUGCGCUGUCACGUUGUAUAAGGAUUUGAAGACAGGCUCAGGAAUACGUAAUAAGGGUUUUAUUUUCUCCACCCAACACAAGGUACGUCAUGAACAACGACAGGGACGAAGCCCCAAAAAAACACGUAUAUAUAAAUAUAUAUACAGUGGAGAGAACAAGUAUUUGAUACACUGCCGAUUUUGCAGGUUUUCCUACUUACAAAGCAUGUAGAGGUCUGUAAUUUUUAUCAUAGGUACACUUCAACUGUGAAAAAUCCAGAAAAUCACAUUGUAUGAUUUUUAAGUAAUGAAUUUGCAUUUUAUUGCAUGACAUAAGUAUUUGAUCACCUACCAACCAGUAAGAAUUCCGGCUCUCACAGACCUGUUAGUUUUUCUUUAAGAAGCCCUCCUGUUCUCCACUCAUUACCUGUAUUAACUGCACCUGUUUGAACUUGUUACCUGUAUAAAAGAUACCUGUCCACACACUCAAUCAAACAGACUCCAACCUCUCCACAAUGGCCAAGACCAGAGAGCUGUGUAAGGACAUCAGGGAUGAAAUUGUAGACCUGCACAAGGCUGGGAUGGGCUACAGGACAAUAGGCAAGCAGCUUGGUGAGAAGGCAACAACUGUUGCCGCAAUUAUUAGAAAUUGGAAGAAGUUCAAGAUGACGGUCAAUCACCCUCGGUCUGGGGCUCCAUGCAAGAUCUCACCUCGUGGGGCAUCAAUGAUCAUGAGGAAGGUGAGGGAUCAGCCCAGAACUACACGGCAGGACCUUGUCAAUGACCUGAAGAGAGCUGGGACCACAGUCUCAAAGAAAACCAUUAGUAACACACUACGCCAUCAUGGAUUAAAAUCCCGCAGCGCAUGCAAGGUCCCCCUGCUCAAGCCAGCGCAUGUCCAGGCCCGUCUGAAGUUUGCCAAUGACCAUCUGGAUGAUCCAGAGGAGGAAUGGGAGAAGGUCAUGUGGUCUGAUGAGACAAAAAUAGAGCUUUUGGUCUAAACUCCACUCGCCGUGUUUGGAGGAAGAAGAAGGAUGAGUACAACCCCAAGAACACCAUCCCAACCAUGAAGCAUGGAGGUGGAAACAUCAUUCUUUGGGAAUGCUCUUCUGCAAAGCGGACAGGACGACUGCACCGUAUUGAGGGGAGGAUGGAUGGGGCCAUGUCUCGCGAGAUCUAGGCCAACAACCUUCCCUUAGUAAGAGCAUUGAAGAUGGGUCGUGGUUGGGUCUUCCAGCAUGACAACGACCCGAAACACACAGCCAGGGCAACUAAGGAGUGGCUCCGUAAGAAGCAUCUCAAGGUCCUGGAGUGGCCUAGCCAGUCUCCAGACCUGAACCCAAUAGAAAAUCUUUGGAGGGAGCUGAAUGUCCGUAUUGCCCAGCGACAGCCCCGAAACCUGAAGGAUCUGUGAAGGUCUGUAUGGAGGAGUGGGCCAAAAUCCCUGCUGCAGUGUGUGCAAACCUGGUCAAGACCUACAGGAAACGUAUGAUUUCUGUAAUUGCAAACAAAGGUUUCUGUACCAAAUAUUAAGUUCUGCUUUUCUGAUGUAUCAAAGUGGUCCUCUGUAGCUCAGCUGGUAGAGCACGGCGCUUGUAACGCCAAGGUAGUGGGUUCGAUCCCCGGGACCACCCAUACACAAAAAUGUAUGCACGCAUGACUGUAAGUCGCUUUGGAUAAAAGCGUCUGCUAAAUGGCAUAUUAUUAUAUUAUUAUUAUUACUUAUGUCAUGCAAUAAAAUGCAAAUUCAUUUCUUAAAAAUCAUACAAUGUGAUUUUUUGGAUUUUUGUUUUAGAUUCCGUCUCUCACAGUUGAAGUGUACCUAUGAUAAAAAUUACAGACCUCUACAUGCUUUGUAAGUAGGAAAACCUGCAAAAUUGACAGUGUAUCAAAUACUUGUUCUCCCCACUGUAUAUAACACAGGGAUGUAACCCAAACAAAAGAGCGAGGUGUAAACCUCUAAACAAUACACGGGACGAGACCCGUAAUAACAAGAGCACAAUGCAUGGUACUCACUAGACGUAGACCUCCAGAGCUGGUGAAUGGAAUGAGCAGCAGUACCGGGGGGAUCCGUGACAGUACCGCCCCCUGACGCGCUACACCAGCAGCGGGAUGACACCGGCCUCGGGGACGACCAAAGGAACGUAGUGCGGAUCGGUCAGGGUGCCGAUGGUGAAAAUCCGAAGCGUCCAGGAUGUCCACCGCAGGAACCCAGCACGGCUCCUCUGGGCCGUACCCCUCCCAGUCGAUGAGGUACUGGAGAAGCCCCGCCCGACGCCUCGAAUCCAGGACUUCACGGACGGAGUACGCCGGACCUCCCUCGAUGUCCAGAGGAGGAGGCGGGGCGUCACUGGUUCCAGCCUCAGCGAGGGGACCAGGCACCACUGGCCUGAGGAGAGAGACAUGAAAAGUCGGGUAAAUGCGGUAAUCAGCAGGGAGUUGCAAAUGGUACGUUACCUCAUUAACCCUCCUCAGGACUUUAAACUUCCCCACAAACCGCGGGCUCAGCUUCCAGCAGGGCAAGCGGAGGGGCAGGUUCCGGGUGGACAGCCAGACCCGGUCGCAUGGAGAGAAAACAGGCGCCUCACUGCGGUGGCGGUCGGUCUGUUCCUUGUGCCGACGCACGGCCCACUGGAGAAGAUUGUGCGCAGCAUUCCAGAUCUCCUCAGCGCGCCAAAACCACUUGUCCACUGCAGGGGCUUCGGUCUGGCUCGGAUGCCAAGGUGCCAGGGCCGGCUGAUACCCCAACACGCACUGGAAAGGAGUGAGGUUAGCGGAGGAGUGGCGGAAGGAAUUAUGCGCGUACUCAGCCCAAGGUAGGGAAUCCGCCCACUCCCCAAGCCGGUCCUGACAGUAACACCUCAGGAACCUGCCCACUUCCUGAUUGACCCUCUCCACCUGCCCAUUAGCUUGUGGAUGGUACCCGGAGGUGAGACUGACCGUGACCCCCAGGCGUUCCAUGAACGCUUUCCAUAUGCGUGAGGUGAACUGACGACCACGAUCUGACACAAUGUCCUCUGGGAUCCCGUAGUGCCGGAAGACGUGCGUAAAAAGAACCUCUGCGGUUUGCAUGGCUGACGGGAGCCCAGGCAAAGGAAGGAGGCGACAAGCUUUGAAAAACCGGUCCACAACGACGAGAACGGUGGUGUUCCCCUGGGAGGGGGGAAGGUCAGUGACAAAGUCCACCAAGAGGUGAGACCAGGGUCGUUGUGGAACUGGCAGGGGAAGGAGCUUUCCAUAAGGGAGGCGUCUGGGUGUCUGAGAAUGGGCACAGAUGGAGCAGGAAGAGACGUAAACCAGGACGUCCCUAGCCAAGGUGGGCCACCAGUACCACCAGGCCACAAGUACCACCAGGCAGGCGAUGGUACUGCCUAUCCCAGGAUGACCCGACACAGGGGCCGUGUUCUCCCAGGAAAUGAGGCGGUCCCGCACACCCGUGGGCACGUAGGCGCGGUUCUAGAGUACUGUGCAGCUGCGGGUUCCGUACGCAGGGCCUGCCGUAUGUCGUGUCCACAUCCCACACCACUGGCGCGACGAUAUGGAACACCGGGAUGAUGGGGGUCUCCUCUUCUUGCCUCUCCUCUGCCUGUGUUGGAGCAGGGGAAUAGAGGGCAGGUCGGGGAGAAAUGAUCCCUUUCUCCACCAUAGGAGCAGAGGCCCAGAUUCCUCCUUCUCCUACGCUCUGCCUCGGGCAAACGUGCAGAGUCCACCUCCAUCGGCUCUGGCAGGUGUAGCCAUGGUCUCUGGAUUCCGCGCAGGUCUUCGUCGGGACCGCAGGAGGUUGUCCAACCGGAUCGCCAUGCUGAUGAGCUGGUCGAGUGACAGGUUGUCAUCACGUCAGGCUAACUCCAUCUGUACCUCCUCCUGCAGUCCGCUGCGGAACACGGUGACCAGAGCCGACUCAUCCAUUUCCCUCACUCAGACAACCACAAAUGUGCAAACGUACGCCAAUUAGCAGGAGGGAUGGGGGCAUCUUGUCGUGCACAUUGCUCAAAUUUAUAACGGCUGUCAGUCAAAACCCAUAAAGCGCUGUGAACCGGAGAACCUGAACUCUGACUUCAUGUAUAGCAUGUUACUGUACAGCCACUGGGUUCCAAUUUAGGUGCUUAUCAAUGACAAAAUAUGCAAUUUUCAACCCAUAUACGGGAUGGCAGGGGCUGUGAGUGGAAAGGGCUACGUACAGUGCCUUGCAAAAGUAUUCAUCCCCGUUGGCGUUUUUCCUAUAUUGUUGCAUUACAACCUGUAAUUUAAAUUGAUUUGUAUUUGGAUUUCAUGUAAUGGACAAAAUAGUCCAAAUUGGUGAAGUGAAAUGAAAAAAAUUACUUGUUUCAGAAAAUUCUAAAAAAUAAAUAACGGAAACGUGGUGCAUGCAUAUUUUCUAUGAAGCCCCUAAAUAAGAUCUGGUGCAACCAAUUACCUUCAGAAGUCACAUAAUUAGUUAAAUAAAGUCCACCUGUGUGCAAUCUAAGUGUCACAUAAUCUGUCACGAUCUCAGUAUAUAUACACCUGUUCUGAAAGGCCCCAGAGUCUGCAACACCACUAAGCAAGGGACACCACCAAGCAAGCGGCACCAUGAAGACCAAGGAGCUCUCCAAACAGGUCAGGGACAAAGUUGUGGAGAAGUACAGAUCAGGGUUGGCUUAUAUAAAAUAUCUGAAACUUUGAACAUCCCACAGAGCACCAUUAAAUCCAUUAUUAAGAAAUGGAAAGUAUAUGGCACCACAACAAACAGGCCAAGAGAGGGCCGCCCACUAAAACUCACGGACCAGGCAAGGAGGGCAUUAAUCAGAGAGGCAACAAAGAGACCAAAGAUAACCCUGAAGGAGCUGCAAAGCUCCACAGCGGAGAUUGGAGUUUUAUCCAUAGGACCACUUUAAGCCGUACACUCCACAGAGCUGGGCUUUACGGAAGAGUGGCCAGAAAAAAAGCCAUUGCUUAAAGAAAAACAUAAGCAAACACGUUUGGUGUUUGCCAAAAGGCAUGUGGGAGACUCCCCAAACAUAUGGCCCUCCUGUAGCUCAGUUGGUAGAGCAUGGUGCUUGCAACGCCAGGGUUGUGGGUUCGAUUCCCACAGGUGACCAGUAUGAAAAAUGUAUACACUCACUAACUGUAAGUCUGCUGAAUGACUAAAAUGUAAAAUUUGGAAGAAGGUACUCUGGUCAGAUGAGACUAAAAUUUAGCUUUUUGGCCAUCAAGGAAAACGCUUUGUCUGGCGCAAACCCAACACCUCUCAACACCCCGAGAACACCAUCCCCACAGUGAAGCAUGGUGGUGGCAGCAUCAUGCUGUGGGGAUGUUUUUCAUCUGCAGGGACUGGGAAAUUGGUCAGAAUUGAAAGAUUGAUGGAUGCCGCUAAAUACAGGUAAAUUCUUGAGGGAAACCUGUUUCAGUCUUCCAGAGACUUUGAGACUGGGACGGAGGUUCACCUUCCAGCAGGACAAUGACCCUAAGCAUACUGCUAAAGCAACACUUGAGUUGUUUAAGGGGAAACAUUUAAAUGUCUUGGAAUGGCCUCGUCAAAGCCCAGACCUCAAUCCAAUUGAAAUCUGUGGUAUGAUUUAAAGAUUGCUGUACACCAUCGGAACCAUCCAACUUGAAGGAGCUGGAGCAGUUUUGCCUUGAAGAAUGGGCAAAAAUCCCAGUGGCUAGAAUUCCAAGGCCAAGCUUAUAGAGACAUACCCCAAGAGACUUGCAGCUGUAAUUGCUGCAAAAGAUGGCUCUACAAAGUAUUUAAUUUGGGGGGGUGAAUAGUUAUGCACUCUGAAGUUUUCUGUUUUUUUUGUAUUAUUUCUUGUUUGUUUCACAAUAAAAAUUAUUUUGCGUCUUCAAAGUGGGAGGCAUGUUGUGUACAUCAAAUGAUACAAACCCCCCAAAAAUCAAUUUUUAAUUCCAGGUUGUAAUGCAACAAAAUAGGAAAAAUGCCAAGGGGGGUGAAUACUUUAUUAAGCCACUCUAUUGUCCUAUAAUAUAAUAUAUGCCAUUUAGCAGACUAUUUUAUCCAAAGUGACUUACAGUCAUGCGUUCAUACAUCCUGUCACACUCAAAUGCACGUUUCGCGUCGUUUGACAAAACCGGGUUAGUUGGAAUCACACACCUAAGACGAAUGCAUGCUGGGUUUUAACAGACUGAAGAUUUCCUUUGCCAAAUUAAAGGGAAUCCAUUAAAGCAGAUUGAAAAUAACAAAGAUGGAGGCAGUUUUCCCAGCUAGAUUCACUUUCACUGGCUAAUCUGGAGAAAAAGCUGCAGCCUUUCAGGGGCUUAGUGGGAGAGGAGAGAGAAAGAGGCCGCAGAACAGCUCCCGCAGACUUGGGGCAAUUGUUUGUGUGUGUGUGUGUGUGUGUGUGUGUGUGUGUGUGUGUGUGUGUGUGUGUGUCUUCUCAUGCGUUUCACCUCUGUCCUCACAUCCACUUCCUGUCUGAUGGGCAUUAAUCAAAAGGCCUGUCUCUAUUUAAUCAAGACAUGUGUACACUGUAUCUCUAUCAAAUGCAUGUUUUAUUGUUCUAAAUUAAUGUUAUUGGGAUGAUGAUUUUGGGUAACAUAUUUUUAUUUCCCCUGAGAAGUAAGUUACACAACAGUUCCUUAAACCCAACAUGUGGCUGGGAAUCUUUUAGCCUUGCGAAUGUCAUUUUGUGCUGUCUUAUUCCCUUUAAACCCCUAAAUUUAAGACCUGACAGCUUUAUCAGGGUAACUAUAAGUGGAUAACUUAUGCAAUUACUGUGCCCUAGGAAUGUAUGUUCAGACAGUUACAUAGUCUAGUAAUUACCAGUUUUCCAAGAAAAACUCUAAAAAGUGAAUGCUAAUGUCUUACAUACCCUGCAUGUACUAGCUUUUUGCAAAGGUCAUUCCAACACUUUACUCUGGUAAAAGGCCUGUAUAAAAAGAGAUGUGGCUUUGUCAUGUUGCGGUUCCUUGAAUUAGUGAUGUUACUCAAAUUAGUGCACUUUAACGAUGGAACAGAGCUGAAUAAUUGUAUGUUCUUCACAGGCAUUAAAAGGAAGCAUCCUCAAGGUUCUGGCAGCCAACUCUCAUAUCAAAAGAAUUCUCCAUUUCCACAUUGCGUGUCUUCCAAAAAGCCUUGCAGUCACAACUGCUCGCAUGCAUGUCACAAGGGGGCAUUGUCACAGCCAACCGUUUUCUUCUAUGCGAAACAUUGUAUUAUCCUAUUUAUAAACCCUGUUAUAAAUAUGCAGACUUAGUAGCGACAAAAUGUGAUGCCACACACAGCACAUGGGCUGUUUUGCUAAUUUCGCCCACGAUACCCACCGCUGAGUCGGUGAAAGCUGCUUGGUACCUAAUCCCUGUGGGAUACACACAAGCCUAAUGGUGCUCUUAUUAAAUCACUUAGUGUUUAGCCUAGUGCUUAGCCUAGAGCUUGUCCUAGCGUUAGCACACCACUUGAGUUAUGGGACCACACGCGAGACAUGUUGGCUAAAUAGGGGUCGUGGUGAGCACUGUGUGUGUAACCCUCCUCUCUACUUCUUUGUAACUCUUUUUUCUUGCUCUUCCUCUAUUUUUCUCUUUUAGCUACUCGGUCACCAUCCAGGAGUCGUACGCCCACCCCUUUGAUCAGAUUUAUUACACCAGCUGCACCGACAUCCUGAACUGGUUCAAGUGCACAAGGCACAGGUGAGGAGGGAGAGGUCAACUGAGGGAUGGAAUGGAGGGGUGUGUGUGUAUUGGGGAGAUGUGUGUGUUUGCUUGCGGUUGUAGAGGAUGUACAGUGCCUUCAGAAACCCCUUGAUUUAUUCCACAUUUUGUUGUGUUACAGCCUGAAUUCAAGAUGUAUUAAAAAAAUUAAAAAUCACCCAUCUACACACAAUACUCAAUAUUGACAAAGUGAAAUCAUGUUUUCAGAAAUGUUUGCAAAUGUAUUGAAAAUGAAAUACAGAAAUAUCUGGUUUACAUAAAAAGUAUUCACACCCCUGAGUCAAUACAUGUUAGAAUCAACUUUGGCAGCGAUUACAGCUGUGAGUCUUUUGGGUAAGUCUCUAAGAGCUUUGCACACCUGGAAUGUACAAUAUUUACACAUUAUUAUUUGUAUAAAUUCUCCAAGCUCUGUCAAGUUGGUUGUUGACCGCCAUUUUCAAGAUUUUCAAGCCGCUUUAUUUCAAAAAUUCAAUGUUGUCUUGGUAAGCAGCUCCAGUGUAUAUUUGGCCUUGUGUUUUAGGUUAUUGUCCUGCUGAAAGAUGAAUGUGUGUCCCAUUGUCUGUUGGAAAGCAGACUGAACCAGGUUUUCCCCUAGGAUUUUGCCAGUGCUUAGCUCUAUUCCAUUUAUUUUAAUAAAACUCUAAUCCUUGCCAAUGACAAGCAUACCCAUAACAUGAUGCAGCCACCACCAUGCUUGAAAAUAUGAAGAGUGGUACUCAGUGAUGUGUUGUUCUGGAUUUGCUCCAAAAAUAACGCUUUGUAUUCAGGACAUAAAGUUAAUUUCUUUGCCACAUGAGUGCCUUAUUGAAAACAGGAUGCUUCCUUCUUUUCAGUGUUUUAAAGUCGCCAUUGGCCUCAUGGUGAAAUCCCUGACCGGUUUCAUUCCUUUCCGGCAACUGAGUUAGGAAGGAUGCCUGUAUCUUUGUAGUGACUGGGUGUAUUGAUACACCAUCCAAAGUGUAAUUAAUAACUUCACCAUGCUCAAAGGGAUAUUCAAUGUCUGCUUUUUUAUUUAUUUAAUGUUUUAUCUAGCAAUAGGUGCCAUUCUUUGCAAUUCAUUGGAAAAACCUCCCUGGUCUUUGUGGUUGAAUCUGUGUUUGAAAUUCACUGUUCGACUGAGGGACCUUACAGAUAAUAGUAUGUGUGGGGUAGAGAGAUGAGGCAGUCAUUCAAAAAUCAUGUUAAAGACUAUUAUUGCACACAAUGAGUCCAUGCAACUUAUUAUUUACAUUUUAGCAGACGCUCUUAUCCAAAGCGACUUACAGUUAGUGAUUACAUGUUUUUUUAUACUGGCCCCCCGUGGGAAUCGAACCCACAACCCUGGCGUUGCAAACGCCAUGCUCUAUCAACUGAGCUACAUCCCUGCCGGCCAUUCCCUCCCCUACCCUGGGCCAAUUGUGCGCCGCCCAUGAGUCUCCCGGUCGCGGCCGGCUGCGACAGAGCAUGGAUUCGAACCAGGAUCUCUAGUGGCACAGUUAGCACUGCGAUGCAGUGCCUUAGACCACUGCGCCACUCAGGAGUCUAUGUAACUUGUUAACCCUUUGACGCGUACGAUCACAUAUUUGUGGUCAUUGUGGAGUAGUCCCUGCAGCGUACCAUCGCAAAUAUGUGAUUGUUACAGUAGAAACAGAACGUAUGAUGCAACAAACGUCUCUAAACAGCAUUGUUGUCUGAAAAGCAUCUAAACAAUGUUUUGUACUGAUGGGAAAUAAAGGUCUUCAGAACUUUAUUCCUCAAUUUCACAUUUUAUUGUAAAAUAUAAAUGCAAACUUCAUCCUCCAAACAUCACACGGAACACAUCCACAGCCAAACACAUUCCAUAAACCAGUCUAAAUAACAGGUUACGCUGACAAAAGACUAAACAUAAGUUAGCGACCUAACCGCUAGACUUGUUUACAAUGUACCAGAUCUCUGGUGAGCACAAGGGAGAAAUGUAAUAGUUUUUUAUUAAAGAGAUGCGUGUCAACUAAGCUAACAGCAGCUAAAUUCUUUAUGAUGGCUGCCAUGUUUGUUUAAGUUUGACAAGCGAAAACUCCCUAAUCCCAUUCACUAUAAGACGCAAAUCAACAAAUUCAAACUCAAAGAUGGUUGCGCCCAUUGCCUGAAAUAUAUUAACUUAGUUUGGCCACUUUUCAGCAUACUACAAAUCUUCAAAGUACUUAUUACAGUGUCUACAAGAACUGGAGCACAUGACUUGAUAAGUCAUUUACCGUUUUUGACGAAUCACAAAGCAAAUAAAAUGUUAUCACCUCACAGAUCAUCACACCAAAUACAAGCCUACUGCCUAGCCUAACUGUAGCGCGAAAGCUAAACAGGGAUGAACCCAUUUUAGGGGGGUUUGUGGGUGGGUUCAUUUAAUUUGUGGGGCGUUUUCAAGUCCAUGGGGGGUAGAAAUGGGGGAAGGUGUCAUGGGGGGAUAUGAUGCAGGAAAUAUUACUAUGAUGGGGGAUUUAUCAAUAAAAUGGUGGGCAAACACAGGAGAAGUUUAUAUGCCAAAUAAAAAUAAAACCCCUGGAAAGGGGGGUCUGAGCUGCCAACCCUGAGGUACGAUAGUUACAAUCUGAUGCCCGCGUUCGAAACAACUGGGAACUCGGAAAUCUCUGACUUCCGACUUCAGUGCGUUCAAGACAACUGGGAACUCUGAUUAUUAAAAAAAAAAAUCCAACUCAGAAUUCCAACUCGGGAACUCAGGCUCCGACUUUCCGACCUGAAGAUCAUGAUUUGACCUCGUAUUUUUCUGAGUUCCCGGUUGACUUGAAAGCACCAUAAGUCACCUCGUUUUUUAUAACAUCUAUGGUCUGACAGAGGUGACAGCCAAAAUGCAUUGUAUGAUGUCAACAAACAUGGCGCAACACAUAGCUGGCAAAUAGCUUACCAUUGGCUCAUCGUAAUCAGUACAACCUUCAAAAAAGUAUUUUACACACAUCAUAUAAUAAUAAUAUGCCAUUUAGCAGACACUUUUAUCCAAAGCGACUUACAGUCGUGCGUGCAUACAUUUUUUUGUGUAUGGGUGGUCUCGGGGUUCGAACCCACUACCUUGGCGUUACAAGCGCCGUGGUCUACCAGCUGAGCUACAGAGGACCACGACACCAUAUGUGUCCAUUACAAUCUAGGCAAGAAUAUGAAUUCAUGAUUUGUCACCAGUUCUUGAAAACAUAAAUAAAACAGUAAAUACAUUAUGCUCCAUACAUACAGUAUGCUACAGUAGAAACGGCAACAUGAUAUGUGACUCGUUUCAGGAAACUAGGCAUGUGUCGCGCGUCACUACUUCACACGAGAGCCAUUUGAACUCAAACUUUUAAAAAAGAAAAUCAAAAUGAGUAUUUUGUUCUGAUCAGAGAUGCACAAUGUCUGUUCUGAUUAGAGAUGCGCAAUGUCUUCAUACUUGAUCUGGGGAAACACUGGGGAAGUGCUUGGGCUCGACGAAGAGAGAAGUUUGUCCUGCUCAGUAAAACCUCAAACAUAAAUUGUCCGAAACAGUGAAAUGGGCUACUACUUAUGUGAAUUAAUGAGGAGGCGGACCACACCUCAAUUCAAACUGUUGUUAGAAAAUCAAACUUGUUAGAAAAUAAUUUUAAAUUGACAAGUUGAAACAGCCAAUAGAUAAUUAGCAGGCAGCGUGCCUUGGUUUGAGGGCAACAUGGGUUAACUCUCCUGUUGCGUAACAAUCACAUGUUGGAACAUUGAGCGAAUUCUGACAUCACGUGCAUAAAAAAACUCAUGCUGGGGCGACCGUUAGAGAUAUUUGGAACUCAUGCGUGAAAAGGUUAAGCAAAUUUGUACGCCUGAAAUGAUUUAGUCUUGCCAUAACAAAGAGGUUGAAUACUUAUUGACUCGAGACAUUUCAGCUUUUCCUUUUUAAUUAAUUUGUAAAACAUUCCAGAAACUUAAUUCCACUUUGACAUUAUGGGGUAUUGUGUGUAGGCCAGUGACACAAAAUCUCAAUUUAAUCUAUUUUAAAUUCCGGCAGUAACAUAACAAAAUGUGGAAAAAAUCAAGGGGCAUGAAUACUUUCUGAAGGCACAUAUCAAAGAGGAAGAUAAUAGACCUACUGGCUUGAACAGCGUAUACCAAGCCAACAGGGAUGAUUGUCAUAAUAAAAGCUUUUGUGUAUAUAAGUACUGUAAGCUCCUUAAAUAUUAUGUUGGUAACUAACCAACUUGUCCACCAUCAAUAGAUGUCUAAUCACAUUUCUACUUUAGUUUACUGUCUCCUCUGUAUUUCCGAUGUCCCCCUUUCUGAUCAUACUGUCUGUGUGUCUAAAGGGUGAGCUAUCGGACAGCCUAUCGCAGAGGAGAGAAAACCAUGUACCACCGCAAGUCCCAGUGCUGCCCCGGCUUCUAUGAGAGCAUGGAGAUGUGUGUCCGUAAGUAUCACUACUCCCUAUCUGUAGCCAUUGUUUUUACAUAUUAUGUGCCCAGUAUGAUAGAGCAAUAAAACUUUCUUAGCAGAUAAUGACAACAUGACAAUAACAGUAUCUGUAGAUUAUGUAAUGAAAAGUUGGAGGGUGGUUGGUAAUGGAGGACAUCAGGUGGAUCCACGUCUGGGUGUUAGGCAGAACCCCUAGGUCCUGGAGAACAGGAGCAGAGUAAAGGGAACAGAGUAGGAGACAGAGACGGAAUCAAGCAAACAAGCAAACACACAGGUCACACUUUACUGUGAGAAAAGUUGAUGGAUUAGUGCUGUGUUAUAAAUGGGAGAUAUGUACUUUUCAACACUAAAAGAUAUAGCCUACCUCAAGCUGGUCCCCCCCCCGACUCAGAGCACAGAGAAUCAGACUGAUCCAAACACACUGGUUCUGGUGGAUGGGAUACCUCCUGGGGGGCUUGGACAGUCGAUGGUCCUAAAGUCAUUUGGAGAGAUAAAUUAAAGAGGUACAUUUUUAUAAGCUCAGCAUAACUACCAUUUCUUGCUUUCUCAAAUGUCAACCAAAGCUUAACAUACUUUGUCUAUUGAGCUUCACCGAAGUGUAGGGCGUCAGUGCUUUCAGUGGUUGACCGUCCAACUGCUCCAACUGUAGAUGAUUGUUGGCUUCCACCAAGGUAACCCUAGGAAGACAGAGAAAAAUAUCAGUGUUAGGGAAACUAAAACUAGCUUCAGGAUAUCUUGUGUGCAAAUGCAAAUAGUUAUUAUCUGAGAUUGUUUAUAUUCACCUUAACAGAUGGUGAGCCCAGCUAGGAGCCCAGCUUUCGCUCCUAGCUGGGCUCACCAUCUGUUAAGGUGAAUAUAAACAAUCUCAGAUAAUAACUAUUUGCAUUUGCACACAAGAUAUCCUGAAGCUAGUUUUAGUUUCCCUAACACUGAUAUUUUUCUCUGUCUUUUAUCCUGCUUCCAAACCAAGUAAUUUGCCCGGAUGUCGAAGCACUUCGUCCCCUUCUUGAUUCUCCUCCGGUAGCUCUCCUUCUGUUUGUCCUGCACCUUGUCGAUGUUCAGUCUCACCUUGAUUGAUAACAGGAAUAAAUGCAAUUAUAUUUCAUAUUACAAAUACAUUUCUUACAUAUCUCUUGGAGGGCCAGAAAAGAAAUUAACAGCGGACAAUCAUUUUUACCUGGUCAAAAACCUCCACAUCCUUCUCAGUCCGUGCAUGAAAGUGGUCCUCGAAGGCGUUCUGAUCUGGUUCAACAACUUCCACCACAUCAGGUGGGGUUUCAGUGAUCUGAAAGUACGUUAUACAAAAAUAGCAAUAGACAAAAAACAACACUAAGUCAAUCACAAUUUUGAAAGACUACAGUAUAUGCAAUAAUUGUAUGUACAAUUGCAUUGUUUACCUCAGUCAACAGCUGCGGCUCCCGUCCGUACUCGGUGGAGGCCUGGAUGCUGUUGUUGUGUGCAAAGAGAAUUACCUUCAGGUUGUUCUCCCACCCUUCCUGGUACCAAUCAAGGGACUUGCCCAUGGCAGUCUUGAGGGUCUGGUUGGUCCAUUCACCAAACCUGGAGGAGGGGGUAGGAAAGCCAUGUCUAUAGACAAUGGAAGAUAUUGAAAUAUGUCUGAUUAUGUACCAUGGAAAAACAAAAACAAAUUAUAAAAAUUAAAUAAAACAAACCAUUGGUGACACAAUAUAACUUAUAACAUCCGUACCUUGUUCCAGCGUUUAUGACCUCUGUCACUCAAGAUGACCUCAGGAGAACCGUGGGUGUUGAAGAUGUCCAUCAUUGCCUUGGAGGUGGCCUCGCCAGUCUCGACCUUGAUGGGUAUCAUACAAAACGAAAAUAUAUUUUUGGUUCGAAGCAUCCUUUUUAAUGGUUUACAGAAGGGAAUUUAGAGUUAAGCAUUUACUGACCUUAAUGGGUAUUGCCUCCACCCACUUGGUAAAGUGAUCGGUCGCCGUCAGACACCAGCUGUUGCCAUUCCUGGAUUUCAUGAAGGGUCCGAUGAGGUCCACCCCUAACAUUUAGUGGUCCGAUGAGGUCCACCCCUAACAUUUAAAGUGUUAGAGAGAAGAUUACUUUAUUCUUACCCGUAUCUGUGUCAUAUAACAGUAUGCAGAUGUUCAUAUUUGUAAGGAUACUGACACACACACACACACACACACAUUCUAUAAUAUUGAACUCUGCUGCGGUCAAAUAAAGCAACCAUUACAAAACCACUUAUCAGGGCAAAAUCUGAAUUGGGACACUUAACGAUCAUGUGCCAUGGUGAAACAACUUUGAUGGGCUUCAACUCCAGCGCCACAGUAUUCGCCCUCUCAAAUUUCUGGCAGGCUAGACAGGGUACUGACCUUUAAGCUAAAAGUGACAAAUUGAAACAUUGUGUGCUCUCUGAAAUGACAUUCACUGAAAUCAUAAUAAUUUCAGAUAUAAUGGAAUGUGAUUGGUAAACAAAAGGUUAUUUCACUUGCCCAGCUGUCCACCUCCUUGACAAUUCCCUGUCAGAAGAAGCGUAGGUUGAUUUUGACAAUCAUGCGCUUUACUCCGAAAUGGCCAGCAUGCAUCUCGGUCAGCACGGCCUCCUCCUCCUCCGUAGUGAAAAUCACCUUCCUGUGUGGCUGGCCAUCCUUCCCCCGUAGGUACAUGUGAGUGUCUAACAAGUUGGAAGAGAAGAAUUGUUGAAAUACUCUAGCCUAAGUACAUUUGCACUGCUGUCUUUAUCUCUCUGUUUCUCUCUCCAUCUCUCUGUCUGUCUUCCUCUCUUCCCACCUCUCUCACUUUCAUCCUUUCUGUCUGACUCCCCCCCCCCCCCCCCCCCCCCCCCCCCUCCCCCCUCUAAAUCCUGCAUUAUGUGGUGAUUGAUCACACUAUUUAUAGGGCCAAAAUGGGCCUGUUUCUGCACAUCAGGCAUGCUAUCAAAAUGGCACAUCUAUUGCUGCUUGACGACAUUGCCGAGCGUGCUCUGAGAAGUGAACGCAUCUUUGAGGAUCACGUUGAUUUAUUUGCAGAGACUGACGAGUACUUGAUCGGACGGUUUAGGCUUCCAAUACACGUUUUAAUGGAGCUGUGUGAUACUUUGGAGCCAGCGCUGCGAAGCCAUACCCAACGGUCCAAUCCCGUACCACCUCAUGUGCAGGUACUCUCCACCUUGGGAUUUUUAGCCACUGGGACAUAUCAGCGGGAGUUAGCAGACCGGGUGGGCAUAUCACAGCCAUCCAUCAGCCGCGCUCUCCCACGAGUUGUGGAUGGAAUAAAUCAACUGGCCACACAAUAUAUUUUCUUCCCCUACACAGCGCAACAACAGCUGCCGGUCAAGAGAGGGUUCUACUCUAUUGCGGGUCUGCACAACGUAAUCGGGGCAAUAGACUGCACUCACGUGCGCAUUAAGGCACCCUCACCAGACCCAUUCCCAUACCUCAACCGCAAGCAAUAUCACUCAAUCAAUGUACAAGUCAUCUGCGACUUCGACAACCAUCUCUUGAACGGGGUCUCCCGCUUCCCAGGAGGUGCACAUGACUCUUAUAUUUUGCAGAACAGUUCUGUGGGAAUGUGCCUGGAACAAGGAGCUGCUGGAGCCGCAUGGCUCAUUGGUAAGCAUCGUUCAGUAAUUUCAAAUUCCAAUUGUUGGUUUCAAAAAGUGGGUUUCUUCAUUAAUGACUUGUUUCAUUAGGAGAUCGGGGGUAUGCCCUUGCGCCCUGGCUAAUGACGCCACUAACAAACCCUCAGACGCACCAAGAGGCCUCUUAUAACCAGAGGCACGCACGCACCCGUUCCACCAUUGAGCGAACCAUUGGUAUUCUGAAGGGACGCUGGAUGUGUUUGAACACAGCAGGUGGUAAGCUGCUUUACAAGCCAGAGAAGGGGAGUAGGACUACUUGUUUUAUUCAGGUUUGAAAAAAAUGUUGUAGAAUAAUCUAAUUCCAACAAUUCAUUUUAUUUUUCUAGCUUUUGAUCAUCUUUACACCGUUUUUAGGUUUGCAGAAUAAUCAUGGCCUGUUGUGUUACACAACAUCGCUAUAAAGCGUGGUGUUCCACUUCCACUUCAGCCACCACACCAGGAUGUGCGUCCUGACCCAUUGCUGGGACCAGACAACCGACUUGGCGUGGAAGUCAGACAAUAAAUAAUGUCUCGUUUUUGAUUUGUUUUGUCCUUUAAAUAAAACACAUUAAAUGACAUAGGUUUCAGUGCGCGUUCUUUAUAUUUUUAAAUGUGUGUUUAUGUCUUUGAGUUUCUGAUAUUGUGGCCAGAGUAGAAGCGAUUUCACAGAGACUUUGCGCAAUCCGCUCCUGGUUAUCCAAGACUGCAUCAGAGAUGACGUGCAGUUGGACGGGACCUGGGGGCACGUACAGAGGCAGGCCUACUGCAGGAAGGCGGAAUGGUGUCAGGUUCCUCUUCACAGAGGGGUUGCCUGGAUUGGAGAUCUGUAAAUAACAAAAACGAUACUGAAAGUAACAGUCAGUGCACUGAUUUUUUAAAUUUUUUUGAUUUUUCAGUUUGUUCAAUAGGCCUACUGCAAAAGCAAUAGGAUUUCAAACUGAAUAAACUAGGAAUUCACCAGGUUUGACAAACUGGUGUAAAAUUCCUUUCCAAUGGUUUCACCAUUGCGUUCAGUUACGUUAUGGCAUGAAAUUGUAUAAAUUCAGAAAUACUUGCUUACCGUCUGAUUCACUGGUGGGAGAUGGCCUUGGAGGAUAUGAAGCUGUUGAUAUAGGGCCCUGGUCAGUGUCCAGUUGCUCCGCUGAUGGCACACCUGAAAGUGCUGUCUCACCAAUAAUGGCCCCGAUGCGCUGGUCAAUCUCAGAUAACUCAGGGCAUGCAUGCCCCCUCCAGUGGUCAGCAUGUCUCUUAUGUUUGGCAAUGGAUUUUUUGGUCUCUGAUUUUAAGUCAAACCAUUUAUUUUUUACAUCUUCAAUUGAGCGACAUUAUCCGAAACAGAGUUCACGGAAUCCGUGAUCUCCUUCUAUGCCUCCGUUUUGUUGGUGGCUUUAAAACCACUGGAAACACUACUACAUAUUAUGCCUCGUUUGGCAUUUACCUGUUGCAGUAGAAUUUCUAUUUCAGAAUGACUGAAGUUCCUUUUUCGUUUGGUGAUCGGUGGACCACCACCGUCUGUGCGUCUUUUGGACAUUCUCCAACUUUUCUUGCACACGGCCCUGAAGUAUCAUGUCCUAAUAUGGGAAUUUGCGGGGCGUUUUCUUAUGAUAAUUAGGAACAACUGGCACACGCUUUCAAUUACGAAGACAUGGGAUUCAUCAAUCCUAAGAACACAGGUGCGAACAAUUCUGUUGUUUAAGAACAUGUCAUGAAUCCGACGUAGACUUUUCUUAGGGAGUUUAUUAAGAACAAAGUUUAGAAAAUUCUUAGGUAGAUAUUGAUGAAUGAGGCCCACUGUUUUUUACUGCUGAUCACUAAUGACUUCACUUUUAUAACAUCCACUAUGACAUCAACCCCGCAAAUCAGUAUUUGUUUGAUAGGCGGAAUAAUAACAGAUUUCCUCAGCUGUACAAAAAUACAUGAAACAAAAGUUCUAUAGCAUAAUAAGUAACCAUGAAUGGCCUUUCAACUCUGUGGUCCUCUGUAGCUCAGCUGGUAGAGCACGGCGCUUGUAACGCCAAUGUAGUGGGUUCGAUCCCCGGGACCACCCAUACACAAAAAAAUGUAUGCACGCAUGACUGUAAGUCGCUUUGGAUAAAAGCGUCUGCUAAAUGGCAUAUUAUAUAUAUUAUUAUAACUCCUACACAAGUGCCAUCUUUAUUGCCGGUCGGUCUGUUAUAUUUGUUUACAUGUUUUUUAGACGUUGUGAACAAACCAUGACCAGCCUGAAGUCUCUUUCUCGAAUGCAUUUGAUCCCAUUCUAUUCUGAACAUGGGUUCAAAUUGUAUUUGUUUUCUUUCAAACGCUUUAGAUACUCUUGAUUGAGCUUGCCUGGGGCAAUGGAAACAAAUUGAAUAGUCCCAAAAGUGCAAACCCCACCCAUCUGGCACCCCAGACAGGCUCAAUCAAACCCUUAUUAUAAGAUUGUUGUUAUCUCUUGAGUAAUCUGUAUUCAUUUGAUGUGAAUCCACGUUUUUCAUGGAAGUAGCGAUGUGCAGCCACUGAAAUCGGACCUUACUUUCCCCUUGUUUUCUCUCUCCCCCUCAUCCCUCCCUUCUCUUUCCUUGCUCCUCCUUAUCCCUUUCCCCAGCCCACUGUGCGGAGAAGUGUGUUCACGGCCGUUGCUUGGCCCCCAGCACCUGCCAGUGUGAGCCCGGCUGGGGGGGCCCCGACUGCUCCAGUGGUAAGACUCUACAGCUGUGCCUGUCUGUCUAUCUGUCUGUCCACCUCGGCUUGCCUACAUACAGAGAGAGAUUGAGAGUAACACACACACACAGGCGCACACACACACAUACACAUUAACAGGCAUUUUAUCUCUCAGCUCGCCCACUCGUCUCUCAGCUCACCCACAGUGUGACUAUAGACCCUUGCUGCCAAUAAACACUUCCUCCCUUAUCUCUCUCUCUCACACACACACACGCACCCCCACCCCCCCAACCCCACCCCCCCUAACCUGUACUAUAUCUAAAAUAAACAUGUAUUUUAGAUAUGGUACAGAUUACUGCUAAGCUAUUGCAGAGGGAACUACAUUUUUACAUUUGGCCUUUAUUAUUUUAAUGUUAUGUUUUGUCAGGAUUUUGAAUUAUUUAGACAGUAUGACAAUGAUAGCAUGACACAGCCACAGUGAGGGGUCCUACUGGCCGUUGGUCUGCGCCUGGAGGCCACACGCUCUGUGAUUGCUGUAACUAAUCUGUAUUGACUGUGAUGCUCACCGAUCAAUAUGAGUCUAUCUCAGGAUAGCCCCUCAGGCCCACCGCCCACCCCUGGUGUGUGUGUUAACAUUGCUGCAUCUGAUUGACUGAAAGUCUGUUGUCAUCCAGACAGUUUGUUUUGUUUAUAUGGUGGACAUGGGAGAGACUGAUGAGGAAUGUUCACAGUUAUUUGUUGCGCUGUGAGAAAACAAGAACAUCUUUAUUUGGAACGCUGUAUAUUUUGUUUUGGUGUGUUACAGGCUACACACACUAAGCAGGCGGUGUCAGGAGAAAAAUCCUACAUUAAAUCUAAGUUCUCUCUCUCCCUCCCUCCUUCCAUCCCUCCCUCCCUUUUUCCAUCCCUCCAUCCCUUGCUCUUGGUAUGGGGCAAGGUCUGGGGCCAACUCUCAACACCUGGCAGGUCAAAUUACUGGGCAAUGUUUUUUUCUCUGUAACUGACACUUUUUUCAAGAGGGGUGCUCUCUGUCUCAGAGGCUCUCUGGAUAAUAUUUUGAUUGGGUUGUAAACAUGAGUAUCAAGGCUCAGGAUAAGACCCAGAUGCAGUCAGUUUGAAAUGGCAAAAGUUUAUUUACAAAAACAGGGGGCAGGAAAAUGACAGGUCAAGGGCAGGCAGAGGUCAGUAAUCCAGAACAGUGUCACAAGGUACAGAACGGCAGGCAGGCUCAGGGUCAGGGCAGACACAAUGGUAAAAACUGGAAUACAGGGACUAGAGGUGUCACGGUUUCGGCCGAGGCUGCUCCUCCUCCUGGUUCGGGCAGGCUUCGGCGGUCGUCGUCCCCGGAGUACUAGCUGACACCGAUCUAUGUUUCAUGUUCGUUUGGUUUGGUCUUUAUGUUGUACACCUGUGUCUAGUUAGUCCUCGUUAGUGUUCUAUUUAGUUCUCGUUGUGUGUGUCUGUGUUUGUGUGUGAUUGCGCUUCUGUUACGUGUUGGAGCUACUAUUUCCCUCCAGUGUUUGGAGUGGUUACUUUGCACAUGUUUUGUGCGCCGUUUAUUUUGUCGCCUGUGUGCGCCUUGUGCUUUUGUUUGUGUGAAUUUUGCACUAAAGCCUUUGGACUGAGCCUCUGCGUCCUGCGCCUGAUUCAUACACCACACCCACCUUCAGCACACCAUGACAGAAUCACACACCACAAUGGAAUCAGCAGGAUCGGCAGAGACGCCUGUGUCGCUCGAGGAGCAUAUCCGUGGACAAGAUGGCCAGAUUCGACAACUGGAGACCGCUCUACAGGAGGUAAUCUACACCUUGCACCGAUGGGAGGCCAGCCGGGUACCCACACCUCCACCUACCCUGCCCACCCCAUCGGUCGGUCCACCAGUCCUAGGUUCGGAACCCAGGGGGAUUCGGCUCUCGCUCCCGAGGGCGUAUGACGGAACAGCUGCCGGGUGUCAGGGGUUCCUCCUGCAGGUGGAGCUCUACCUGGCCACUGUACACCCGGUGCCCUCGGGACACGAGAGCGUUUCCGCCCUCAUCUCCUGUCUCACGGGCAAGGCGUUGGAGUGGGCUAACGCCGAGUGGAGGAGAAUGGACGCCAACACCAUGACCUACGCAGAGUUCUCCCGCCGCUUCAAGGCCGUGUUCGACCAUCCACCUGAGGGCAAAGCGGCGGGGGAGCGUCUAGUCCAUUUGAGACAGGGGAGGAGGAGGAGCGCGCAGGCGUUCGCUCUAGAGUACCGGACUCUAGCGGCUGAUGCAGGGUGGAAUGAACGGGCUCUCAUCAACCAUUUUCGAUGUAACCUACGAGAGGACGUUCAACGUGAGUUGGCCUGCAGGGAUACCCAUCUUACCUUCGACCAGUUGGUCGAUAUGUCCAUCCGUCUGGACACCCUGCUGGCCACCCGUGGACGUCCCGAGGGGAGUCCGUCCAUUCCGCCCUCCGGCGCCUCCGAGCCGAGCCCUAUGGAGCUCGGGGGUGCCGGCGCUAGAGAACGGAGUAGGAGGAGCCCGAGGGGGCCUGUCUCCUGCACCAAGUGCGGUCGUGGAGGGCACACUGCGGCCAGGUGCUGGGGAGGGUUCUCCGGGGGAGAAGACAACAGGCCACGCACUGGGGGGGGCCUCCCAGGUGAGUAGACGUCCAACUUACCCAGAGCUUUCUGUUGCGCACUUUUGUAUACCUGUGUGUUUUCCACAGGUUGCACCUCAUUCCCAGCAUAAGGCGCUCGUAGAUUCAGGCGCAGCUGGGAAUUUUGUUGAUCGGAAGUUUUGUUUUGAGUUAGGGAUCCCUCUCCUACCUGUUGACAAACCUUUUCCCGUUCAUGCCUUAGAUAGCCGUCCGUUGGGGUCGGGGUUGAUCAGGGAGAUCACAGCGCCACUUCGGAUGUGUGCGCAGGGGGGGUCAUGAGGAGACUAUACAGCUGUAUCUGAUCGACUCUCCUGCGUACCCAGUGGUGCUGGGGAUUCCCUGGUUAAGCACCCACAACCCUGCUAUUUCGUGGCAACAGAGGGCUCUCGAUGGGUGGUCUGCUCAGUGCGAGGGGCGAUGUCUGGGUGUUUCCGUGGGGGCGACUUCGGUGGAGAGUCCAAACCAAGUGCCCGCACUGCACAUUCCGCCUGAAUAUGGGGAUUUAGCUCUCGUGUUUAGCAAAACUAGGGCGACGCAGUUGCCUCCUCAUAGACAGGGGGAUUGUGCGAUUGAUCUCCAGGCAGGAGCAGCGCUCCCACGGAGCCAUGUGUAUCCUUUGUCUCAAGAGGAGAGAAAAGCUAUGGAGACUUACAUAGCCGAAUCUUUGAGACAGGGAUACAUUCGGCCCUCCACUUCUCCCGCCUCCUCGAGCUUCUUUUUUGUGAAAAAGAAAGAUGGAGGGUUGCGCCCGUGCAUUGAUUACCGUGGUCUCAAUCAGAUUACUGUGAAAUACAGUUAUCCACUCCCUCUGAUUGCGACCAUGACGGAGUCAUUGCAUGGAGCGCGGUUUUUCACAAAACGGGAUCUCAGGAGCGCGUAUAACUUGGUGCGCAUUAGGGAGGGUGACGAAUGGAAGACAGCGUUUAGUACCACGUCAGGUCAUUUCGAAUAUCUCGUCAUGCCAUAUGGGUUGAUGAAUGCUCCAUCAGUCUUCCAAUCCUUCGUAGAUGAGAUUUUCCGGGAUAUGCAGGGACAAGGGGUGGUCGUGUACAUUGAUGACAUUCUGGUGUACUCGUCUACCCGAGCCGAGCAUAUAACCCUGGUGCGUCGUGUAUUGAGGAGGCUGUUGGAACACGACCUAUAUGUCAAGGCAGAGAAAUGUCUGUUUUUCCAGGAGUCGGUCUCCUUUUUGGGUUAUCGGUUGUUCGCGUCAGGGGUGAGAAUGGAGGUGGAUCGUGUGUCCGCUGUGCGUAAUUGGCAAACCCCAACUACUGUAAAAGAGGUGCAGCAGUUUUUGGGCUUUGCGAAUUACUACCGGAGGUUUAUCCGGGGUUUUGGACAGGUGGCAGCUCCCAUCACGUCCCUUCUGAAGGGGGGUCCGGUGCGACUGCAGUGGUCGGCCGAUGCGGACAGGGCCUUUAGGAGACUGAAGGACCUGUUUACGUCGGCUCCGGUGCUGGCGCAUCCGGAUCCCGCAUUACCCUUUCAGGUUGAGGUAGACGCGUCUGAGGCUGGUAUAGGGGCCGUUCUCUCUCAACGGUCCGGCACGCCACCUAAACUCCGCCCCUGUGCUUUUUACUCUAAGAAGCUCAGCCCGGCGGAGCGUAACUAUGACGUUGGGGACAGGGAGCUGUUAGCUGUAGUUCAAGCCCUUAAGGUGUGGAGGCAUUGGCUUGAGGGGGCUCAACACCCUUUCCUCAUUUUGACUGACCAUCGGAACCUGGAGUACAUCCGGGCAGCGAGGAGACUGAACCCUCGCCAGGCUCGAUGGAGUAUGUUUCUCACCAGGUUCGUAUUUAAAAUCACGUACAUCCCUGGGUCCCAGAAUGGCAAGGCAGAUGCGCUGUCCCGGCGGUAUGACACGGAGGAGAGGUCCGUUGAGCCCACUCCCAUACUACCGGAGUCUUUCCUUGUGGCACCGGUGGUGUGGGAGGUCGAUUCCGAAAUCGAGCGAGCGUUACGUACCGACCCCAGCCCUCCACAGUGUCCUGAGGGUCGGAAGUACGUUCCGCUCGAGAUUCGGGAUCGACUCAUUUACUGGGCCCACACGUCACCCUCCUCUGGACAUCCGGGUAUCGGCCGGACAGUGCAUUGCCUUAGCACUAAAUACUGGUGGCCCACUUUGGCUAGGGAUGUGAGGGUUUAUGUCUCCUCCUGCUCGGUGUGCGCCCAGUGUAAGGCACCCCGACAUCUGCCCAGGGGUAAGUUACAGCCCCUACCUCUUCCACAACGACCAUGGUCCCACCUCUCGGUGGAUUUUGUAACAGACCUUCCCCUCUCUCAGGGGAAUACCACCAUCCUGGUCGUUGUGGACCGGUUCUCUAAGGCCUGUCGUCUUCUCCCUAUGUCGGGUCUUCCUACUGCCCUACAGACUGCUGAGGCCCUAUUUACCCACGUCUUCCGGCAUUACGGGGUCCCCGAGGAUAUAGUGUCUGAUCGAGGCCCCCAGUUUACCUCCCGGGUGUGGAGAGCGUUUAUGGAGCGUUUGGGGGUCUCGGUUAGCCUUACCUCGGGGUACCACCCGGAGAGUAACGGGCAGGUAGAACGUGUCAACCAGGAUGUGGGUAGGUUUCUGAGGUCGUAUUGCCAGGACCGGCCUGAGGAGUGGGCGCGUUACAUUCCCUGGGCCGAGAUGGCCCAGAAUUCUCUCCGCCACUCCUCUACCAACCUAACCCCUUUCCAAUGUGUAUUAGGUUACCAGCCGGUUCUGGCACCGUGGCAGCAGAGCCAGAUCGAGGCCCCUGCGGUGGAUGAUUGGAUGAGGCGCUCGGAAGAGACGUGGAACGCUGCCCACGUCCACCUGCAGCGGGCCGUCCGUCGUCACAAGGCGAGCGCCGAUCUCCACCGCAGUGAGGGGCCGGUGUACGCACCCGGAGAUCGAGUCUGGCUCUCUACCAGAAACCUACCCCUCCGCCUGCCCUGCCGGAAGCUGGGUCGGCGGUUUGUGGGGCCCUUUAAAGUCCUGAGAAGAUUGAACGAGGUGUGUUAUAAGUUACAUCUACCUGUUGAAUAUAAGAAUAUUAACCCCUCGUUCCAUGUGUCUCUUCUCAGGCCGGUGGUAGCUGGUCCACUCCAGGACAAUGAGAUAGGAGAGACUCCUCCGCCCCCAUUGGACAUCGAGGGGGCUCCGGCGUACACCGUUCGGUCCAUCUUGGACUCCAGACGCCGGAUGGGGGGUCUCCAGUAUCUCGUGGAGUGGGAGGGGUACGGCCCGGAGGAGCGGUGCUGGGUGCCGCGGAGGGACAUCCUAGACCCAUCUCUCCUGUCGGAGUUCCACCGGGACCAUCCCGCGCGCCCUGCUCCGCGUCCUCCUGGUCGUCCCCGAGGCCGGGGUCGGCGCACGGCUGGGGCCGCGCGUCAAGGGGGGGGUACUGUCACGGUUUCGGCCGAGGCUGCUCCUCCUCCUGGUUCGGGCAGGCUUCGGCGGUCGUCGUCCCCGGAGUACUAGCUGCCACCGAUCUAUGUUUCAUGUUCGUUUGGUUUGGUCUUUAUGUUGUACACCUGUGUCUAGUUAGUCCUCGUUAGUGUUCUAUUUAGUUCUCGUUGUGUGUGUCUGUGUUUGUGUGUGAUUGCGCUUCUGUUACGUGUUGGAGCUACUAUUUCCCUCCAGUGUUUGGAGUGGUUACUUUGCACAUGUUUUGUGCGCCGUUUAUUUUGUCGCCUGUGUGCGCCUUGUAUUCACCUUCAGGCUUAUUGUGCUUUUGUUUGUGUGAAUUUUGCACUAAAGCCUUUGGACUGAGCCUCUGCGUCCUGCGCCUGAUUCAUACACCACACCCACCUUCAGCACACCAUGACAAGAGGAAAAACAGGAGUAUGGGCAAAACGCUGGUAAGCUUGACGAGACAAGACGAACUGACAACAGACAAACAGAAAACACUGGAAUAAAUACACAGGGGAUAAUGGGGACAAAUGGGAUACAUCUGGUGGGGGGUGGAGACAUGCACAAGACAGGUGAAACCGAUCAGGGUGUGACAAUGAGUUUGUUUUUGACAGGAUCAUUUAGACUGAUUUGCAUAGGUACAGAAGCAAUUUAGUGAAGUUAUUAAAGAAUAAAGAAGUUAAUAAAGUCAGAGAGAGAGAGAGAGAGAGAGAGAGAGAGAAAUAUAUAAUAUAUCUGCUUUUAUGCACACAUGCAAUACUGUGGAAAUGUUGAGUAAUCGUACAGAUGUCAUCUUUUAGUUGGGAAUCCUCCGUAUCCCUGUGAAGUAAAUUACUAUUCCCAUGAACCUUCUAGGCUGACACGCUGUGCAGGGCUCUGCAUGCCAGAGUGGGCGAUCUUAGAUGCAUGGAAAAACCAACUCUCAACACCUGGCAGGUCAAAUUACUGGGCAAUGUUUUUUUCUCUGUAACUGACACUUUUUUUUCAAGAGGGGUGCUCUCUGUCUCAUAGAGGCUCUCUGGAUAAUGCUUUGAUUGGGUUGUAAACAUGAGUUUGUUUUUGACAGGAUCAUUUAGACUGAUUUGCAUAGGUAUAGUAGCAAUUUAGUGAAGUUAAUAAAGAACAGUAAAAAUAAGUAAAGUAAAGAGAUUGAUUAUAGGAGUUCCUGCGUCAGGAGUUCCAUCCAUCGAAUGGAAAUAACAUGGGUUAUUGUCAAUUUGAAUAAAAAUGUUAGAUUAGGAGCCAAGUUGGUUUAGGCACGGACAAAGACAGGAACCUUCCCGCUAGCCAUAAUUUACUUUCUGGAGGACCGUGUUUUGAAAUCAGUGGAAUGCCCGGUGGAAUUAGAGUAUGAUAGCUAAGGAGAUGGAGAAAAUUCUGGCAUUUGAUUGCAAAUAUGCAGACGGAGUCAAAAAGAGAACACACAGAUGUCUGUUAUAUAAAACACGUCUCCGGAUUACAUCUUCAAACUAAGGGCAACCAUGGCAUCCGAGACAGAGAGGGAGAAGCGUCCAUCCAUGUAUACGGGUGAGAUAGUCUACAUUUUCAAAUAUUACACAUUUCUAAUUAUGUCGGAAAGUCGUUUUCAUUUUAAGUUGAACCUGGUUGGUUAGCUACCUGCAGAUUCAUGCAGGGUAGUCACGUUAUGAGUUAUGGUUCAUUGUUCAGCUAGCUAACUAGCUAGCUACAUCUCUAAACAAAAGACUCCACUAUGCAAGUAACCAUUUCAAUAGAAUGUUCAUGAUGUCACUGCAAUAACUGUCGAUAGACGUAGCUGGUAAAUUUGCUCUGGCUAUCUACUCCGAUUUCAGUCAGAGCGCUCUCGUCUGAGUGUGCCAGAGCGCAGAAUAACUGACGAAUUUACGAACGCUCAACACCCGUUGAAUAUGGCCGAUGUCAGUAAACUUCCGACUUCAACUGUAUGUCAUACACUACAGUUGAGGAACAAUGGGAAAGUUAUUCUGCUUUGAAAGUUGAUAAACUUGUAACCUCACUUUUGAGAAAAUGGCUCUUGAAUGUUUUGGUAAACCUACUGAAGACCUCUUCUUUGUCUACACCCAUUCAGCAUCGUUCACACCCUCUUAAGCCUUAGCCCCACCCAUCUCUUUAAGGAUUCACAUGUGAGGCCAUGUAUUAAACAACCAAAGAUUUCAAGACUAAAGGCGGGUUUAUACUACGGGUGUGUUCGUACAUUUAAUCUGGAGUGCCAGAGUGUGCUCUGGGCAUUCGUAAACUCAGAGCGUUGUCAGAUUGUCCGUUCGUAAAUUCAGAGCGUUUCACUCUUGGAGCGUUCAGAGCGCACACUGGAUGCUCUGGCCUAGGAGGAGGGUUGAUCCGAGCGUUCUGACCAAACAACAGGAGUCAAGCACCCAAGCUAACUGGCUAACUGGCUAACGUUGGCUAGCUUGCUAGCUACUUCCAGACACAAAUGAGAGAACAGCUCACUCACCCAUUUUACUCGCCCUAGCAGGGCUGGUUAGGCUGUUUUUAUGUUUUGCCAACGUUUACUGACACUGGCCAUAUUCAACGGGUGUUGAGCGUCAAGUGCAAGAAUGGCAACUUUAGAAUCUUUGUCAUGUUUGGAAUACAUGAUAUUCAUCAGUCGCCUAACGUUGGAAAAUGAGAAUCUGCCUGGGAUAAAACCAGUUUGGUCAUGAUGAAUUAUUGUUGAAAUGCAUUUAUUUGUCUGUUUGCGAGUAUUUUAGGAAACACCUUAAGGUCGUAUCCGAGCAGGGCAAUAGGACGAUAUGAAGAUGGAUCUUUUUAAUCUUUAUCUUUCUUUAAUAUUAGGAAGAUAUUGGGAGAUAUUGGCUGAGUAUAAAGAUUCCGGGUGUCUGCGCUGGAGGAGAUGACUGCCAAUUGUGCUAUUUUGUGUGUUUUUUCGCAUUGUUUGUAACUUAUUUUGUACAUCAUAUUUCUGCCACCGUCUCUUAUGACCAAAAAGAGCUUCUGGAUAUCAGAACAGGACAAAAAAAAACGAGUCGGACACAAAGGAUUUACUCGAGAUACCCGACCAGGCCCAAAUCCCUGUCAUUUGCAUGAAAAGAUGACAGCGCUGUCAUUUCUAAAAACGGCAGGAUAAUCGGAACUAACAACCCGACUCGGCAUCCUGUGGUUUUUCGAACACCUUCUCUACUGUACCGUGGGUAAGAAUCAGCCGAGCAGGGAAGAGGAGGCCGUGUCUGAUUCCCGCCUCUCUGAGUAUCUUCCUUGCUCUAUCGAAGGCCUGGCGCUGCUUGGUUACCUCAGCAGUGUAGUCUGGGUAUAUGUUAACCCGAGCCCCGUUGAAGGACAGGGGGAAUUGCUGGCAGGACAGGCGCAUAAUCUUUUCCUUCUCGGGGUUGUGGUGGAUUUUGGCAAUAAUUACUCGGGGCCGCGUAGCGGAGAGCAUGCCGAUGUGGUGCACUCGGUCCACUUUUAGGCCUUGGGGGAAAUUGUUGAUCCCUAAUAGUUUUGGUAUGAGUUCUGCCACAAACUGAGUUGGUCUGCCAUUCUCAAUUGUUUCUUCCAAGCCUGUGAUUUUGAUAUUAAAACGCCUUGAACGUCCCUCGAGGUUCAUAGCUUUGUUUGCUGUUAGUAGCUCUUCAUACUGUCCCUCGAGGGUGGUGAUGUGUGUCUUGUGGUCACCUGUGUUUCCUUCCAGGUCAAUAAUGCGGGUUGUGUGGUCAGCAAGGGAGGUUUGCACUGAUUAUAAGGAUGAGUCCAGAUGAUUAAAUCGAGUGUUCAUGUCCUCUUCAAUUUUCUUGAUAGCUGCUAAUAUGAUAGUCGGUGAAGGCUCCGAGUCAGGGUUAGCCAUGCUAGCCAUUACGGCCAGGCUAACGCAAGCAUCGCCAUCCUCGUCUUGUGCUGUGGUGGGUUCAGACACGGCGGUAUGGACUUUGCAGUCUCUCUUGCCGGUUGUUUUUAGAUUAUUUAGUUUCCCCUUGGCUGUGUUUCUCAUAGGGUUGCUCAUUGUAGCAGUUUGAUCGGGCAAAAUGUAAAUCACAUGUAAGCAGGGGUGAGGAGGAGGUAGUCAGAGAAGCGUCUUCUCCAUGAGGUGCUCACUAGCGCCCCCUCUUGACCCCCCCUUUUUUGACAGUGCUACUAAUCACUGUUUAUUAUCUAUGCUAUCUAUUAUCUAUCACUUUACCCCUACAUUUUACAUAUUUAGCAGAUGCUCUUAUCCAGAGAGACGUAUAGUUAGUGAGUGCAUACAUAUACAUUUUUUAUUUUUCAUACUGGCCCCCCAUGGGAAUCGAACCCACAACCCUGGCAUUGCAAGUGCCAUGCUCUACCAACUGAGCUACACGGGGCUAUUAACUAAAUUACCUCGACUAACCUGUACCCCCACAUUGACUCAGUACCAGUACCCUCUGUAUAUAGCCUUGUUAUUAUUAUUUUAUUGUGUUACUUAAAUAAAAAAAUAUGUUUAUUUAGUAAAUAUUUUCUUAACUCUUAUUUUUCUUAAACUGCAUUGUUGGUUAAGGGCUUGUACAGUGGCUUGCGAAAGUAUUCACCCUCCUUGGCAUUUUUCCUAUUUUGUUGCCUUACAACCUGGAAUUAAAAUGGAUUUUGGGGGGGUUUGUAUCAUUUCAUUUUCACAACUCUGGUCCUCUGUAGCUCAGCUGGUAGAGCACGGCGCUUGUAACGCCAAGGUAGUGGGUUCGAUCCCUGGGACCACCCAUACACAAAAAUGUAUGCACGCAUGACUGUAAGUCGCUUUGGAUAAAAGAGUCUGCUAAAUGGCAUAUUAUUAUUAUUAUUAAUAUUACACAACAUGCCUACCACCUUGAAGAUGCAAAAUAUGUUUUAUUGUGAAACAAACAAGAAAUAAGCUUGAGCGUGAACUUGAGCGUGCAUAACUAUUCACUCCCCCAAAGUCAAUACUUUGUAGAGCCACCUAUUGCAGCAAUUACAGCUGCAAGUCUCUUGGGGUAUGUCUCUAUAAGCUUGGCACAUCUAGCCACUGGGAUUUUUGCCCAUUCUUCAAGGCAAAACUGCUCCAGCUCCUUCAGGUUGGAUGGGUUCCGCUGGUGUACAACAAUCUUUAAGUCAUACCACAGAUUCUCAAUUCGAUUGAGGUCUGGGCUUUGACUAGGCCAUUCCAAGACAUUUAAAUGUUUCCCCAUAAACCACCCGAGUGUUGCUUUAGCAGUAUGCUUAGGGUCAUUGUGCUGCUGGAAGGUGAAUCUCCGUCCCAGUCUCAAAUCUCUGGAAGACUGAAACACUUGGGGGCCGAUGUUUGUUUUGGUCAAGUGAUCCUUUACUCAGUGUAGAAACAACGAAGCGCAUGUUAAUUUCGCCCCAAUGUUUACGUUAGCUUUAGCUGAGGUGAUCUGCCAGCACAGCUGCCUGUCAAAAACUUAAAACAGGUGUGCACCUAAAAUAAAUCCCAGUUAUGUACAACUGGCAAAGAGAGAUGAUUGACCUCAACGUGAGGUAAUAAAUCAAAACAAUAACUGAUGGAAUCAGCUUAAGGAACUGGAUGUGGAUGGCCAGUGUUUUCUGGCUGGAUUUUGUGUGGUCUCUUAGCAGUAAACUAAUUGUCUAUGUAUUUCAAUCCCUCAAUGACCAGGACAUGACAGCAUUUUUUCAGACAAACUCACAUACUUAUACACUAAAUAGAACACUAAUGUCAGCCCUUGUUGCCUUGUUGUUCAGCCCUUGUUGUAACUCUUUAAGUUUAAACCUUACAUUCCCUCACUUAUUUCUCCCUCAGCGUGUGACAGCAACCACUGGGGUCCUCAUUGCAGUAACCAUUGCCAGUGUCAGAACAGUGCACUGUGUAACCCCAUCACAGGCGCCUGUAUCUGCCAGCCUGGGUACAGGGGCUGGCGCUGUGAGGAGAUCUGCGUGGCAAGCACCUAUGGCAAUGGAUGUCAACAGAAGUGCCAGUGCCAGAAUGGUGCCACGUGCAACCACGUGACCGGAGAGUGCAAGUGUUCGCCCGGAUACCUCGGAGCUUUGUGAGUCAGCAGAGACACGCACACACGCACUCGGAAACACAAGAAAAAAAAAACUGUAUGUACACAAAUGUGCUAGUUGCUGACGAGGGUGGCUAUGGUACUAAAGAAAAAAGGGACUUGAAAGGGAUGUUCUUGUGAAAGACAGUGUUAUUUCAAUUUCUAAAUACCACGGCCUCACACAUUCAUUUCUGACCCAGUCAUGUUUUUAAGUCGAUAAGGUUUGUUUUCCUGUUUUGCCUCUUUUCCUAUAGUUGUGAAGACCUGUGCCUGCCAGGGAAGCAUGGGCAGCAGUGUGAGGAGAGAUGCCCCUGCCAGAACGGAGGAGUGUGUCACCAUGUCACUGGAGAGUGCUCCUGUCCUGCUGGAUGGAUGGUAACACACACACACACACGUUAAAGACAAGUUAAAGACUGUCUGAGUACAUUUUACCACACACACACACAUUUGUAUCAAUACAUGCUCUAUUGAUGUACUGUACAUAUAGUGAACAUUUCUAAUAAAAUCAAAUCAAAUUGUAUUGGUCACGUUCAAGUUUUUUAGCAGGGCAACACGGACUUUCAACUCCCUCCAAAGAUUUUCUAUGGGGUUGAGAUCUGGAGACUGGCUAGGCCAUUCCAGGACCUUGAAAUGCUUCUUACGAAGCCACUACUUCGUUGCCCGGGCGGUGUGUUUGGGAUCAUUGUCAUGCUGAAAGACCCAGCCACGUUUCAUCUUCAAUACCCUUGCUGAUGGAAGGAGGUUUUCACUCAAAAUCUCACAAUACAUGGCCCCAUUCAUUCUUUCCUUUACACGGAUCAGUCGUCCUGGUCCCUUUGCAGAAAAACAGCCCCAAAGCAUGAUGUAUCCACCCCCAUGCUUCACAGUAGGUAUGGUGUUCUUUGGAUGCAACUCAGCAUUCUUUGUCCUCCAAACACGACGAGUUGAGUUUUUACCAAAAAGUUAUAUUUUGGUUUCAUCUGACCAUAUGCCAUUCUCCCAAUCCUCUUCUGGAUCAUCCAAAUGCACUCUAGCAAACUUCAGACGGGCCUGGACAUGUACUGGUUUAAGCAGGGGGACACGUCUGGCACUGCAGGAUUUGAGUCCCUGGCGGCGUAGUUUGUUACUGAUGGUAGGCUUUGUUACUUUGGUCCCAGCUCUCUGCAGGUCAUUCACUAGGUCCCCCUGUGUGGUUCUGGGAUUUUUGCUCACCGUUCUUGUGAUCAUUUUGACCCCACGGGGUGAGAUCUUGCGUGGAGCCCCAGAUCGAGGGAGAUUAUCAGUGGUCUUGUAUGUCUUCCAUUUCCUAAUAAUUGCUCCCACAGUUGAUUUCUUCAAACCAAGCUGCUUACCUAUUGCAGAUUCAGUCUUCCCAGCCUGGUGCAGGUCUACAAUUUUGUUUCUGGUGUCCUUUGACAGCUCUUUGGUCUUGGCCAUAGUGGAGUUUGGAGUGUGACUGUUUGAGGUUGUGGACAGGUGUAUUUUAUACUGAUAACAAGUUCAAACAGGUGCCAUUAAUACAGGUAACGAGUGGAGGACAGAGGAGCCUCUUAAAGAAGAAGUUACAGGUCUGUGAGAGCCAGAAAUCUUGCUUGUUUGUAGGUGACCAAAUACUUAUUUUCCACCACAAUUUGCAAAUAAAUUCAUAAAAAAUCCUACAAUGUGAUUUUCUGGAGAAAAAAAAUCUCAAUUUGUCUGUCAUAGUUGACGUCUACCUAUGAUGAAAAUUUCAGGCCUCUCUCAUCUUUUUAAGUGGGAGAACUUGCACAAUUGGUGGCUGACUAAAUACUUUUUUUCCCCCACUGUAUGUCAUGCAAUAAAAUGCAAAUUAAUUACUUAAAAAUCAUACAAUGUGAUUUUCUGGAUUUUUGUUUUAGAUUCCGUCUCUCACAGUUGAAGUGUAACUAUGAUAAAAAUUACAGACCUCUACAUGCUUUGUAAGUAGGAAAACCUGCAAAAUCGGCAGUGUAUCAAAUACUUGUUCUCCCCACUGUAUAUAGGGCAGCAGCCUUUAAGGUGCAGGGUUGAGAAACCGGGUGGUAGCCGGCUAGUGAUGGCUAUAUAACAGUCUGAUGGCCUUGAGAUAGAAGCUUUUUUUCAUUCUCUCGGUCCCAGCUUUGAUGCACCUGUACUGACCUCGCCUUCUGGAUGAUAGCGGGGUGAACAGGCAGUGGCUCGGGUGGUUGAUGUCCUUGAUGAUCUUUUUGGCCUUCCUGUGACAUCGGGUGCUGUAUGUGUCUUGGAGGGCGGGUAGUUUGCCCCUGGUAAUGCGUUCGGCAGACUGCACCACCCUCUGGCGAGCCCUGCGGUUGUGGGAUACAGCCCGACAGGAUGCUCUCAAUUGUGCAUCUGUAAAAGUUUUAGGGUUUUAGGUGAUGCCAAUUUCUCAGUCCCCGAGUUGAGAGGCUCUUUGCGCCUUCUUACCACCUGUUCGUGGGUGGACAUUCAGUUUGUCGGUGAGGGUAAGCCAAGGAACUUGAAGCUUUCACCUUCUCCACUCGUCCUGUCGAUUGGAUGGGGUGCACCCCUGCUGUUUCCUAAGCCAGACAUCCCUUUGUUGUUGAGUUGAGUGAGAGGUUUUUCCUGCACACACUGAGGCCCACUCCUCUGUAGGCGCUCAUCAUUGUGGUAUCAAGCACUACUGUUGUGUCGUCUGCAACUUGAUGUUGAGUUGUAGGCGGCUUGGCCACCAGUCAUGGUGACAGAGUACAGGAGGGGGGAGCACGAACCUUGUGGGGCCCCAGUGUUGAGGAUCAGCGAAGUGGAGAUGUUGUUUCCUACCUUCACCACCUGGGGGCGGCCCUCAGGAAGUCCAGGACCCAGUUGCACAGGGCGGGGUUCAGACCCAGAGCCACGAGCUUAAUGAUGAGCUUGGAGGGUACUAUGGUGUUGAAUGCUGAGCUAUAGUCAAUGAACAGCAUUCUUACAUAGGUAUUCCUCUUGUCCAGAUGGGAUAGGGCAGUGUGAUGGCGAUUGCAUCGUCUGUGUAUCUAUUGGGGCGGUAAGCAAAUUGAAGUGGGUCUAGGGUGACAGGUAAGGUAGAGGUGAUAUGAUCCUUGACUAGUCUCUCAAAGCACUUCAUGAUGACAUAUUUGAGUGCUACGGGGCGAUAGUCAUUUAGUUCAGUUACCUUUGCUUUCUUGGUUACAAGAACAAUGGUGGCCAUAUUCCCAGUCACCUUGCCAUGGUUGAAUGCGGUGGUUCGCGCAUUCAGAUUUGCGCAAAUGCUGCCGUCUAUCCACGGUUUCUGGUUAGGGUAGAUUUUAAUAGUCACAGUGGGCACAACAUCACCUAUACACUUCCUGAUAAACUCAGUCACCGUUUCAGUGUAUAUGUCUAAAUUAUUUUCGGAAGCUACCCGGAACAUAUCCCAGUCCACGUGAUCAAAACAAUCUUGAAGCGUGGAUUCUGAUUGGUCAGAUCAGCAUUGAAUAGUCCUUAGCACGGGUACUUCCUUUUUGAGUUUCUGCCUAUAGGAAGGGAGAAGCAUAAUGGAGUUGUGGUCAGAUUUGCAGAAAGGAGGGCGGGGGAGGGCCUUAUAACCGUCCCGGAAGUUUGAAUAGCAAUGGUCGAGGAUUUUAGCAGCGCAAGUACAACAGUCGAUAUGUUGAUAGAACUUCGGCAGCCUAGUCCUCAAAUUAGUUUUGUUAAAAUCCCCGGGUACAAUAAAUGCAGCCUCAGGAUAUGUGAUUUUCAGUUUGCAUAAGGUCCAGUGAAGUUAUUUGAUGGCCGUCGUGGUAUCGGCUUGAGGGGGGAUAUACACGGCCGUGACUAUAACCGAAGAAAAUUAUCUUGGGAGAUAAUACGGUCGGCAUUUGAUUGUGAGAUAUUCUAGGUCGGGUGAACAGAAGGACUCGAGUUCCUCUAUGUUACUACAAUUACAUCACGAGUCAUUAAUCAUGAAACACACACCUCCGCCCUUCUGCUUCCCAGAGAGAUAUUUAUUCCUGUCUGCGCGAUGAACUGAGAACCCAUAUGGCUGGACCGAUUUCGACAGAAUAUUCCAAGAGAGCCAUGUUUCCGUGAAACAGAGUAUGUUACAGGCCUUGAUGUCUCUCUGGAAAGAAAUCCUUGCCCGUAGUUCGUCGACUUUGUUAACCAAAGACUGAACAUUAGCGAGAAGAAUACUUGGAAGCGGUGGGUGGUGUGUGCGCCUCCUAAGUCGGACCAGCAGGCCGCUCCGAGUGCCUCUCCUCCGCCGGCGAUUUUUUGGGUCAGCCGCUGGAAUCAGUUCAGUUGCCCUGGGAAGAGCAAACAAAAGAUCUGCUUCGGGAAAGUCGUAUUCCUGGUCGUAAUGCUGGUGAGUUACCGCCGCUCUGAUAUCCAAUAGUUUUUCCCGGCUGUAUGUAAUGAUGUAAAACAUUUUCUAAGCUAAUAAUGUAAAAAAUAAUACAUUAAAAAAAACAAAAUACUGCAAAGUUUCCUAAGAGCUAGUCGCGAGGCCGCCAUCUUCGUCUGCGCCAGGAUCUUCUUCCUUAAGUGAAACUGGUAUACUUUUAUAUUUUUUUACAGUUUUCUUUAACCAAUUAUGUUCUUUAAUGCAAGGCCGACAGACAAGUUCCUUACUUUUUCCCCCUUCCACUUGCUGAGGAUUUUAAAUUAUUUAAUCAAUUGUAGAAUAAGGCUGUAACGAAACAAAAUGUGGUAAAAGUGAAGGGGUCUGAAUUAGCGUAGUAUGACUCAAACGUAAAUUGUCUGCCGCAGUGAAAUGGGCUACUUCUAUAUGAAGUAAUGAGGAGGCAGUACGCACCUAAUUAUAAAUUGUUGUUUGAAAAUAAAACUGUUUGAAAAUCAUUUGAAAUUGAUAAAUUGAAACAUAGCUUAUAGAUAAUUAGCAGGCAGCGUGCCUUGGUUUGAGGGCAGUGCGUGUUAACUGUCCUGUUUCGUAACAUUAACAUUUGGAACAGUGAGCACAUUCUGAUGUCACACGCAUAAAAAAUCUCACGCUGGGGAUAUUUGGAACUCACACGUGAAAAGGUUAAAGGGACAUAAUGGGAACGUUGCCCAAUGUCUUUAGGAUGUCCCCUGUUUGCUGGGAUUGUAUUGACUAUGUGAUUUUGAUAUUUUACUGACACAUAUGUGUUCUGUGUGUGUUUAGGGUACAGUGUGUGGCCAGCCGUGUCUGGAGGGGCGCUUCGGCAGGAAAUGUUCCCAGGAGUGCCAGUGUCUCAAUGGGGGGACUUGUUUCUCCUCCAGCGGACAGUGUUUUUGCAGCCCUGGCUACACUGGCGAA